ACUACACCCAAGCGCCUGCCCGAUUGCAGCGGCUUCUCUUCGUUGCCUAGACCAGAAGAAAGCCGGGACGUGACGGAGCUGGAGGGCUUUGCUUGCUGGAGACCCGCUAAACCAUCGAUAAAUACAGCUAGUUUCUUCGUCGUUCAAGAGACUGUUGUGAUUUAGCUACACCCUACGUACCUUUUUCAUCCUAGAACAAAUUUUUACAAACAUGUCCUGGCAAAGCUACGUGGACAACCUAAUGGGUGAUGGCAGCUGCCAGGACGCGGCCAUUGUUGGGUACGCGGACGCCAAAUACGUCUGGGCAUCGCAUGCUGGUGGUAGCUUUGCCAACAUAACGCCUGAAGAAAUCGACGUCGUAAUAGGAAAAGACCGAGAGGGAUUCUUCACCAAUGGCCUGACCCUUGGCAGUAAAAAAUGCUCUGUAAUCAGAGACAGCCUCCAGCUUGACAGUGACUGGACAAUGGACAUCAGGACAAAGAGUCAAGGAGGAGAGCCAACAUAUAACAUUACUGUAGGCAGAGCAUCCAAAGUCUUGGUCUUGGUAAUGGGCAAAGAAGGGGUCCAUGGAGGCGGAUUGAAUAAGAAGGCGUACUCGAUGGCAAAAUACUUGAGGGAUUCAGGGUUUUAGUUUAGUUUUGACGUAGCUUACGUGGUGUCGUUGAGGGCGAGGGAAAAAAAACUAAUGAAAAUGUAAACAAAAAACACAAAACUUGAAAAAACUGACAAAAAAACUAAUUACUGUCAAGGCCACCUCCCCCCUCCCCCACCCCGAACAGUCCUAUUAGACACAAUAAAAACCCCAGGAGCAGUUCAGACAGUGCAGGGUUCAGGCUCUGUUCCAUCAAUGUAGCCCAUAUUUAGCUGCGUGCGGUGGGAAUAAAAGUGUUUUCUUAACCAGCCCUGCUGUCAUCAUGCUUGUUCAUUUACAUUGUUUGUUUUUUUUUCCCCCUUUUGUACACUCCAGCUUUGGUUUUGGUCAUGGGGAAGGAAGGUGUCCAUGGAGGGCAGCUCAACAAGAAAGCAUUUUCGAUGGUUGAAUACCUGAGGAAGGCCGGAUACUAAAGCAGCCUGUACCCAGCUACCUAGCAGCUCACCUUUACCACCCUGUUGCAUUUCACUCUACAUUCAGUACUAGUUGGUAGUUUCUUUUUCUGCCUUCUUUUCUCCUCAUCUGUUCUCCAUCUUUUUGUUGUCCUAUCUCCCUGAUCCAUCCUCUUUCCCCAACACUUGAGCAAUGUACCCCUUUAAGCACUCUUUAAGUUGAUUCAUAGCAAAGAUAAGCAUGUUGCUAACAGGAUGUCAUGACAAAUCUGUACUUUACUAAGACCAGCAAAAAACAAACACUCGACAAUAGAAGCCAGAGCAUCAAUUUGAAGUAGAUAUUCCUUUCUUUUCUAUGUCAUGGUGCCCAUCACUUAAUCCCUCCCAAACCCCUGAUCAUACACACUCCCUCCCCGAGUAUCCGAUGCCUUUUUGGAACAUCUGAGCGGUAACGAAGCUCGUCAUGUCUUCCUCUAUUAUUUCCUCCAUGUCCGGGAGGGGAGACUGUGCAUAUCUCGGACCACUGUCGUUUCCCCUCUUGAAGCCACACUCCUCCCCCUCCUUCCAGGCUCCCUUUAGCCAAAAAUGUUCAGUUCCUCUCCUCUCCCCGUUAACCCCCCUCCAACCUGUUUUCAUGCAACAGGCAACACUACAAACCUCACAGCAGACUGAGUUCAUCAAACACAACUCAACACCCAACUCCUAUCAGAUUCACCUCUGUCCUGAAUAUGUUUGGUAAAGGGGGAGGGUAGUGGCUGUGUGUGGGAUCAGAUCGGCUCAGUUAGUGAUCGUGACCCAACCGCAAGCGUUGGCGUCAUCCAGAUGCUGGUUGCCUCUCCUCCCGGCAUCACAACCUCCCUGACUUCAUGAAAAUCCACGGACAUUCCACAGUAACGAUGGCUCAGGCACUUAAUACUGUUUUGUUUGCCAGCUCCUGUAAUGUUUUUCUUUUUAAUUUUGUUUUUGAAAGGCUGCCAUUUUUUUUUUUUUUUUUUUUUUUUUGGACAGUAGAUAUCCCAGCAUAUAAUCAUACGGAGUGUGUCCAGUUUGAAAUUCUUUUUUUUUUCUUUUAUAGGACCAAGUGUAGUCAAAGCUCGGGUGUUUAUACAAUUGCUCUACAUCAUGCUAAGGAUGACUGCUAACGUUUUUGUUUUUUUUUCUGAUGAAGGAAAUGCUAACCAGAUGGUAAUACUAUGGUUAAAAAUAUGAAACUACAGGGGAGGUAAAGGUUGGAGUAUUGAUGAAGAAUCCUCAUGUCAUAGUUUUUGUUUUCUUUACUACUUAGAAACACAGACGACUGAAUUUGUACAAACCCAUGAUGAAGGAAAUGCUAACCACAUGGUAAUACUAUGGUUAAAAAUAUGAAACUACAGGGGAGGUAAAGGUCCAAGUAUUGAUGAAAAAUCCUCAUGUCAUAGCUUUUGUUUUCUUUACUACUUAGAAACACAGACGACUGAAUUUGUACAAACCCAUGCUGUGUUGACAACUGUGGAAUAAAUUGCCUUCUACUCUAUAGUCAACUGAGCUCUGGGGUAUCACAUGGUCUGUCCACACUCAUUACUGCUCUCUGUAACGUCCAGCUGAAGGAAAAAAAAAACACUUAUGAAGUAGAAAUGACACUCAAUGGGAGAUGGGCUUAGUUGGAACAAAGACGCUAAUGGUUGACUUGUUGAAACUUAACUGCAGAACCUGUGUAUCCUGUGCCAUAAUGUAGAGAGAUCUGUUGCUGUUGUAAGAUGGAUUGUACCCACCGUUCACUACAGAGUCAUUUCAUUGGCACUUGUUCUUUAAUUUUUUUUUUUUUUUUUUAGCUUAAGAUCCACUGUUUAGGCCUUGUGAGAUAUGUGUACUCACAAAACUGUUUCAAGUCCUGUUUGCCGAUUUAAUUUCUUUUCCUCACCACUUUAUUUUUCUUACAUCUGGGAUAAAGUCUCUUUAAUGCAUCUGAUUUCAUAUGCAUAAAACCAAGAAAUGCCAUAAAUUGAUUUAUCACCUUGUUUACAGACAGAUCAAAUAAAUUUAUUCCAACCAGAUAA